ACUUGUCUGGAGUACGAAGUGUUGCAGGUUGGAGAAAGAGUCAUGAAUUAUAGGUCUAUGAUACUUCCAGAGUCGGCUUUCUUGCACCUGGAAAAUCAGCUGGUUAUUAGGUCAAAUGGUUAAAAAGAGACGUGGAAUGCUGGAGAUCUUCGUUCUUCAUACUCAUACUGGCUAUGCAGCAUUACAACACAAGGCUAUGCUUUUUACAGCGUGCAAGUGCAUGCUCCAUGCAGAGUGCAGAACUCUCUGCUCACAUGAGUAUGAAUGUAAAAUCAUUACAAGUACAUGACAUGUCAAGAUCAAUAUUCCACUAUUUGCUCAUUGCAUGCAUUUACAUGCAGUACUAGUUACAGGAGGCAUAGACUAAACUAGACCAGUCACUCAGCCCAAGAUGCACCUCUCAGCCUGACAGACAAGAUCUUGGCAGGCUCCACCGUCUUGCAAAGGACCGGCUCGACUGACGCACCGCUCGUUGAGACAUACAAAACCGACUGUUCA